CUGAGUUAGAGAAAUGAAAGUUAGCCAGCCUUCCCUGUGACACCCAGUGUGAUCUCUGCAAGGACCCAGAGACCCCUGGACCACAGGUUGAAGGGCUGAGGAAGAACCAGGGAAGGACAAGCAAAGCCAUGAUAUUUCCGUGGAAAUGUCAGAGCCCUCAGAGGGACUCAUGGAAUGUCUUCAAGUUGUGGGUCUGGACUGUGCUCUGUUGUGAUUUCCUGGCAUAUCACGGAACUGACUGCUGGACUUACCAUUAUUCCGAAAAACCCAUGAGCUGGGCCAGGGCUAGAAAGUUUUGCCAGACAAACUACACAGAUUUAGUUGCCAUACAGAACAAGGGGGAGAUUGAAUACCUGGAGCAGACGUUGCCUUUUAGCCGUUCCUACUACUGGAUAGGGAUCCGGAAGGAGAAAGGGGUAUGGACGUGGGUGGGAACCAACAAGUCUCUCACCAAGGAAGCGGAGAACUGGGGUGAUGGGGAGCCCAACAACAAGAAGAGCAAGGAGGACUGCGUGGAGAUGUACAUCAAACGGCCCAAAGACGCGGGAAAAUGGAACGACGACGCCUGCCACAAACAGAAGACAGCCCUCUGUUACACAGCUUCUUGCCAGCCUCAGUCAUGCAGUGGCCAUGGAGAAUGUGUGGAAAUCAUCAAUAAUUACACCUGCAGCUGUGAUGUGGGGUACUACGGGCCCCAGUGUCAGUUUGUGGUUCAGUGUGAGCCUUUGAAGGCCCCAGAACUAGGUACCAUGGCCUGUGCUCACCCUUUGGGAGACUUCAGCUUCAGCUCACAGUGUACCUUCAACUGCUCUGAGGGAACAAAAUUAACUGGGAUUGAAGAAACCACAUGUGGACCACUUGGAAACUGGUCAUCUCUGGAACCAACCUGUCAAAUGAUUCGGUGUGAGCCUCUAUCAGCACCAGAUCUGGGGACCAUCAACUGUAGCCACCCCCUGGCCCGCUUCAGCCUUUCCUCUGCAUGCACCUUCAGCUGCUCAGAAGGAACUGAGUUAAUUGGGGAGAAGAAAACUCUUUGUGAAUCAUCUGGAGUCUGGUCAAGCCCUAGUCCAAUAUGUCAGAAACUGGAUAGAAGUUUCUCAAUGAUCAAGGAGGGUGACUACAACCCCCUCUUCAUUCCACUGGCAGUGAUGGUUACUGCCUUCUCUGGGUUGGCGUUUAUCAUUUGGCUGGCAAGGCGAUUAAAAAAAGGCAAGAAAUCUCAGAAAAGCAUGGAUGACCCAUAUUAAAUCACCCUCUAUGAAAGAAAAUUCCUGGUAUCCUGAAGAGUCCCUGGAUUCUUCAAAUCUCUCAUUGAAAAGUUUUGCAUGGCGGCGUCUGCUCUACCAAAGAUGAACAUAUUCCCUUCAGUGCAUCUGGAAAAAUGUCUAUAUGACAAUCAGCUCCUCUGUCCCCAUUUCACCUCUCACCCAUCCCCCAACAGGCCCACAGGUGUUGCUCGUAUAGCUUAGUCUUUCAUCUUUUCUAGGGGGAAACAAAUGAAACCAAAGUGGGAAAGGGUUACUCUGGAACAGAAGAUGGCUGACUUUGCUCUUGAUUGUUAUUUCCAUUUUCAAUUCAGUGCUGUACCUGAUGACACAUACUUCUAAAUGCAGUGGAAAUCUGACACUUCUGUAACUACAGACUCGAUUUCCUGGAGAUCAGAUUUUACAUUAUCUGUCUGCUGCAUACUGUGGGGUAAUUUUCGUAGAAAAUUCAUAAAGUUGGUGUUACCCUUGCUUUGCUGCUCCAGCUGAGUAACGGAGUCCUGCUCCAGUUGAGAAGGCCCAUCUGCAUGGUAGCCCUGACUUCUGUCAAUGGAGGCCAUCCUAUUUCACAGGCUUAGCCUCCUCUCCUUCUUCAUGUGUCCACGUCUCAGCUGGCUGACUUCCCCAGGUAGCAUCUCAUGAACACCAAACACAAGGCAAGAGGAGAGAAAUAACCCGGCCUGCGUGGGUUGUUUUGUUUUGUUUGGGGGGUUUUGCUGUCUCUUUCUGUUAGACCCAUCCAUAUUUCUUGCAGUCACUGCUUCCUUAAUGACCAUGGUAUUGUUAAUAAAGAAGUAUCAUCACUGGA